AUCUCUUAAAGCCUUCCGAAUUGUUCUUUAACAGUGCAAGAUCCAAUCUUGGAUUCUGGACUUCGGUGUCAUGCAAAUUCGGCUACAUAUCCUGUGUCAGUGGCUCUGAAACUGUCAGCCUCCCAACCUCCAUUCCGUUAUCACUGGAAUAGCAUUCCUUAAGGUUCUUCAAGCCAAUAAGAUUGUGGAUUUUCUAUUGAAGUUUUAGCUACCCUACAUGAUGAAGACCUGUGCCUGUCGUCAGUUGAAAAGUCAUAUAUAUGGGAAGCCCACUCCGUGUGAUUCCAUUCUACCAAGUGUUGAUUUGUCUCCAACGUCUGUCUACUUUUGGACACUAUCUGGUGCCUUCAGGUAUCCAUUUUUUCAGCUAUAUUAAUCUUUUAAAACAAACAAAAAAAUGGAUUUCUUAAACUCAUCUGAUCAAAACUUGACCUCAGAAGAACUGUUAAACAGAAUGCCAUCCAAAAUUCUGGUGUCCCUCACUCUCUCCGGGCUGGCACUGAUGACAACGACCAUCAACUCCCUUGUGAUUGCUGCAAUUAUUGUGACCCGGAAGUUGCACCACCCAGCCAACUAUUUAAUUUGCUCGCUUGCAGUCACAGAUUUUCUUGUAGCUGUCCUGGUGAUGCCUUUCAGCAUCGUGUAUAUUGUGAGAGAGAGCUGGAUUAUGGGGCAAGUGGUCUGUGACAUCUGGCUGAGCGUUGACAUCACGUGCUGCACGUGUUCCAUCUUACAUCUCUCUGCUAUAGCUUUGGAUCGGUAUCGGGCAAUCACAGAUGCUGUGGAGUACUCCAGGAAAAGGACUCCCAAGCAUGCUGGCAUUAUGAUUACAGUUGUUUGGAUUAUAUCCAUUUUUAUCUCUAUGCCUCCUUUAUUCUGGAGGCACCAAGGAACUAGCCGAGAUGAUGAGUGCAUCAUCAAACACGACCACAUUGUUUCCACAAUUUAUUCAACAUUUGGAGCUUUCUACAUCCCAUUAACAUUGAUUUUGAUCCUCUACUACAAAAUAUAUAAAGCAGCAAAAACGUUAUACCACAAGAGACAAGCAAGUAGGAUUGCCAAGGAGGAGGUGAAUGGCCAAGUCCUUUUGGGGAGUGGUGAGAAAAGCACUAGACUAGUCUCCACUCCCUACACAGAAAAAUCUUUAUCUGAUCCAUCAACAGACUUUGAUAAAAUUCAUAACACGGUGAAAAGCCCCAGGUCUGAAUUCAAGCACGAGAAAUCUUGGAGAAGGCAAAAGAUCUCAGGCACGAGAGAACGCAAAGCAGCCACUACCCUAGGAUUAAUCUUGGGUGCAUUUGUGAUAUGUUGGCUGCCUUUCUUUGUUAAAGAAUUGGUUGUUAAUGUCUGUGAAAAGUGUAAAAUUUCUGAAGAAAUGUCAAAUUUUUUGACAUGGCUUGGAUAUCUCAAUUCCCUUAUAAAUCCACUGAUUUAUACAAUCUUUAAUGAAGACUUCAAGAAAGCAUUCCAAAAGCUAGUACGAUGCCGAUGUUAAAGAAAGUUUAUCAUUAAAAGGCUGGGGAUUUCUUGAGGGGAAGUAACAAAAUGGAUGCCGAAUAAUAAAACAUUUAAACUUUUAGAAGGAAAUAAAUUAAAACUGCUAAAAUUAUAAGAACAUAAUUUAUAUUUAACAGCAACAAGACUAUAAACUUAUUGAGUAAAAGAUGUUUCUUUGACCAUCAUUCUAGAGUACUCAAAUGAAAAGAUAAUUUAUUGUUUAUAAACAAUAAUUUCCCUAUGCAAUUGUCCCUAACAGGCUAACUGGAAAUAUAUAUUAUAAUAAUUAUUAUUAAUAACAGUGACUUUCCAGGUUUAUGGCUUAUAAUAAUUACAGAAGAGUGUUCACCUAACAAUAUCUGUAAUUUCUAUAUAAUCCUAUGGUUUUAUUAUAUGAUUCUAUUAUUUUAUAGAAAAGAUAAUUCACCACAAAGCACACAUUUCUCCUACCUAACCACUGUCCCCUCUUCAUCUUACCCUGGGAAAAAACAAGAAGGGGGAAGGAGCAAACAAGGACUCUUGGGGUGUCUGGCUGGC